AUGCAAUGCGCAGUGCAUUUGAUCGCCUCAUCAGAGAUCAUCUGCUUUCCUAGGUGCUACCUGGCAUAUCGCCUUCCAAUUACCUUUUCGGCUGAUCAGGAGUUGUUCCAGUGGUCAAAUCAGGUCAUCGAAUAUUCUCUUGCAGCCACUCAAGUACUACCGGAGACACCUCAAGCCGAUUCUGAUAUUUUCCACGGCCCAUGCUCUAUUCCAGAGCUAGGACAGAAAUGGACGCCUUCGACUUGGCCGAGGAAAAGCCACUUCGAGGAUCCCGAUUUGCCUCUCCUCCUUGUGCAUAUCACCAAAUACACAGACGCCACAGUUGAUUCCAUGAAUUUGCCACAUGCUGUAUCGGAUCAAAUGGGACUUGCAAGCCUAAUCACCGCUUGGACCCAAGUAAUGAAGGGCGAAACACCAGCAGAGUUUCUGAAGCUGGAGCCGGGCGCAUUAGACGGUCCGAAUAACCUCUCAAAGGAAGAGCUGCGGAGGAAAAGAACAUUCCGCAUCACGACAAAGUCGGAGAGAAUAAGAGCAGUAAUGAGUUUUUUACCGGACCUCAUACUCCACCCAAAGGAAGUCCGGCGAACGCUAUUCCUACCGGUCAAGUUAGUUGAAGAACUACGCGACCGUCACACGCAAGAUCUAGAAAAAAAAUACGGAGACAAGGCGGUAGCAUUGACGAACGGUGAUGUUAUCACUUCACUUUUGGCCAAAUUUGCGUACCUUGGUAGAACCACCUCCCGGAACGUAACAAUUACCACAGUCAUAAAUGGUCGUGGACGCCAUCCAGCACUUCCUGCGGACAAGCCAUAUCUUCACAACUGCAAAUCCUACGGUGUCGUUCAUACACCGAUUCCAGAUAAGACAUCGCUCGCAGAGCUAGCUUAUCGGCACCGUCUUGGAAUACUCGAGGCGCUUAAACUCGAGAAUAUCGAGCGCAGCUUGGCAGUCACCAAGGAACUUUGGAAACAAAAUUAUCCGAUCCACAUCGUCGAGCCCGGUGACUUGAGCUAUUCUUGUACCAAUUGGUGCGGUGCGUGGCGCCACAUCGACUUUGGUCCAGCCGUGGCAUCGGACAAUACUGUUGUCAAUGGGAGCGCUUCAGCUCCGCCUCUUGUUUUGGGACAUUCACUUCGGCGCACCCAUCCAACAAGGUAUAAUACACAGAUCAUGUGCAAGGGAGAUGGCGGAUUCUGGUGUGAUUUCACAUGCUCUACGAAAACAUACCCUCUGUUCGAACGGCUUCUCAAAUCCGAUCCUAGGCUGCGCAAUUUUUGA